CAAGUAUUCCCGUGUCCCGGGUAUCCUGCACGUCUCAUGUCUGACAAUCUGUUUUAGAAUUGCGAAAAUUACGAAAGUGCGAUAAAAAAAUCUUGCACGAUUAAGAAAAAAUACAGUGCUAUCGCGCGUCACAAGAAAAUCGACAAUCAGAUUGUAAAAGUUCUUGAAGAGGGCUCGUUAUUCAUCAUCGUUAACCAUCCCAUUGGAAAAUUGAGAACGCUCCGAAAAAAAUUUCGUGGUGGACGAGGAUAGAACAAUGAAUAAAUGUUGGAAAUCGAAAGAGAAUAACGACAUGGAGUAGCGAGAGGAACGAUUCUGCGAUUCGAUAGAAUCAGAGACGAUAGACACAUCACGAUAGAGAAGAGGAGGAAGUGGCGUGUUCGGCAAUAAUCGCGAACGGUUGCAAAUUCAUAUUGGAACGAAACUCGGGCGCAAAGUGGCGGUGACAAGUGGUGUUGCACGAGCGUUGGAGAGAGCGAGGGGAUAAGGACAGAUGCGCGCGCGCGCGCGCACGUGAACUCGUGCUCGUGUAUGACAUAUACAUCGCGCAUCUCCUCGAGGUACGUUUAUUGCGCGGCGCGAGUGGAGCGUGUUCUCUUUAUCGGGCCAGGGGUGUGUGUUUUUUUGCGGUUUGCACGUCCCUCGUCCCCGGCUUGUCCGUAAAGGUCGCCCUCGUGAUUUCGAAGCCGAAACGACCUUUUCGAAGGCGCGCAUCCUUCUCUCUCGCUCUCCCUACGGCGAACGCUCGCACGGCUCAUCAUAUCAUCCGAGGAACGACGCGUCGUCGAUCAUCAUUGCGACCGUUACGACGGAGGAGGAGCGAGAAAAUGGCCGACAAUUGGACACAGAGCGUUGUUUGCCGAUAUUUCAAGAAUGGUGCUUGCCGCGAGGGAAACAACUGUCGGUAUCGCCAUGCGCAAGUGAAUAGAAACGAUGCAAAUAUCAAUGAAACAGUGACAACUCCGACUAAUAGUCCUGGCUAUAUUGUCACUUGUCGAUUCUUCAAACAAGGCAUAUGUAAAUUUGGUAAUCAAUGUCGUUUUAGCCAUAGUACAGGUACUGCGGAUAAUGAUGUCACGCAAACUAAUGCGAUAGAAAAUUCUGCCUCGGGUCAGCACACAGCAAACACUUUGAAAAAUAAAAAAGCUGAUAAACGUACUGCUGAAGAUUGGGUAAAAGCACCUGAGUUUAUACCUACAGCUGUGUCUCCGGUUGCUGGAUCAUCUUCUACAGAUGUAACAUCUGCAUCGGGAACAUCUAUGAGUACAUCAAAGCCAGUUUCAUACGCUCAAGCUGUUAAUCCAUCUGGUCAAGCUUCGAGCCCCUCUUUAGAACCUUUGUGUCCAUAUGCAGAAGCAACUGGAAUCUGUAGAAACUUAAAUUGCACAUAUCUUCACGGUGACAUUUGUGAAUUAUGCAGCCGCGCUGUCCUUCACCCACACAAUGAAGAAUUGAGGAAGAAACAUACAAAUGCAUGUGUAAAACAACACGAAGCAGAUAUGGAGUUAUCUUUUGCUAUUCAACGCAGCAAAGAAAAAUCCUGUGGCGUUUGUUUCGAAACAAUAAUGGAAAAGUCAUCGCGAGAACAGAGGUUCGGUAUAUUGCCGAAUUGCAAUCACUGUUUCUGUCUAACUUGCAUCAGAAAGUGGCGUCAAGCUAAACAAUUCGACAAUAAAAUCAUAAGGGCAUGCCCGGAAUGUCGUAUUCCCUCGGACUUUGUUUGUCCUAGUAUGUACUGGGUGGACACAAAAGAAGAAAAGGAAAAGUUGAUAAGGGAUUAUAAAGGUGCUUUGAGUACCAAAGACUGCAAGUACUUCAAUAAAGGUCGUGGCAAGUGUCCGUUUGGUAAUAAAUGUUUCUAUCUUCACGCACUUCCCGAUGGGACUAAGAAAGAUGUGGGCCCACCUGUUCGACAGAGGCGCAAUACUGCCGACGCCGAUAUCGACAUCUUGCACCGCGUGUUAUGGCUCUUGAUGUUCUGGACGAUGGUUGUCCUGGAGUUCUUGCGGUACGCGUGGAUUCGCACGACCGGAUUAUUUAUCUACGGUCCCCAAGAGCGACGUGCGACGACAACGGUCGACGAACCUAAUUACGAGCGAAGUUUCAGAUUGCAGACAGAUACACGUAAUAGACAACGCGCACGUUUAAACGUCAAUUCGCAUCACUCUAGCGACAUUCCAUCGCCAUAAAAUUGCUGCGAAGUCCAUUUUUCAAUUAUAUAAAAAAAAAACUUUUACUUUGUGCUAUCGUUAAUAAUGACGAAUCUCAGGAAUAUCGAGAAGAAAUAACGCGCGAUCGGAUAUGGGAUAUCAUUGGAUAAUGAGUUGCACGAUUGUUAACACGCAUGAACGAUAAUAAACGAAUAUUUGCAAUGAUAUACGAAUCGUAAUCGAAGUCAACAAUCGCCAUUAUGCGUCGCAAGCAGUUACCAUCUAGACAUAUCGAAAUCGCUCCGUUUUUCGUAGUUUCACUGGUAAAGAGAUUGCGGCUGAAAGCGAAUGUCGCGCGGAAGGAUUGAUCGCGAUU